AUCCAUCUUCUAGGAGAAGGGAAGCUGAAGACAGACCUGGAUUUAUUUUCUGACUCUCUUGGGUGCUUGAGAAGAACCGUCCCCAUGCUGCUAACGCUGAUGAUUCUGGGCCUUGCUGCCCUUUUUGGUACUUCUGAGAGUCAGACUGGAUGCUUUGGUAAUAUAAACAACGUUGACGCUACUGGGGCUUCCUGUAAAACUGCAGGACAAGAAGGUUUAGAUUACUGUGGAGGUCCUGCAUCAGAAAAGAUUGCUGAGAGGGAUUUAAAUAAUAUGAACAAAUAUAAAGCCAUCAUUAAGAACGCUGGCAAAAAAAAAUGUGUAGAUCCAGCAGUGAUCGCUGGUAUCAUCUCUUGAGAGUCACAUGCUGGAACUCUCCUAAAGGCUGGCUGGGGCGAUAACAGCAAUGCAUUUGGUCUGAUGCAGGUUGAUAAAAAACACCAUAGUAUUGUUGGACAGUGGAAUGGUGAAGAUCAUCUCCUUGAUGCUACACAAAUCCUCAUCGAUAUGAUUAAGGGAAUCCAGAAAAAAUUCCCCAGAUGGACAAAGGAACAACAGCUGAAAGGUGGGAUUUCUGCCUACAAUGGAGGACUAGGAAAUGUCCGAAGUUAUGAAAAUAUGGAUAAGGGCACACCCGGCAAUGAUUAUGCCAAUGACGUCGUUGCACGAGCCAAGUUUUAUAAGAGAAAUGGAUAUUGAAUCUGGGAAUUCUCUUCUUUCAGAUAAAUUGUGGUGCAUAUGAUUAUCAGUCUGAUGUACAUUAGAGACACUGUACGUUUGGGGGAAGAUUAAAACCUAUAUCCUGAAAAUCCUUAUGUUGCAUAUAGGCUCACUGACUGCAGUGGGAAGAAUUGCUUCAAUAAGGGUUUGCAGUCUCAGGCACCAGAUUUUUAAAUUCUGCAAUCAGUAAACAUUAGUUAUAUGGUAACUUUAAAACAUUUGGUCUCUAUCUGACCAAGGAAUCAUUAACCAGAGUAUUGAUAGUAUCCUAUCCUAUUCUGAUUAUUUCUCUGAUUUAUUAAAGCUGCUCUGUCUAGCUAUUGUUAGUCUUCUACCUUCCCAUUUUUAAUCAUAUAUAUAUUUCAAUAUCUGCUGUUGUCUUAAGAAAUAAAAAGGGAAAAGUAAUC